AUCCUUAGGACUUGGGGCUAGUCUUUUUAUUGUACUUUAUCUAUAUGUAAUGUCUAUUCAUUUUCUUAAUGAAGAAGCAAAAAAACUUCUCACGCUGGUGCUGAUUUAGAACCCUUAGUCCAAUGAUAGUGAGCAGGAAAUAAGCAAAAACAGAUCAGCAAAGCCCACGAAAGCAAUAUAGCAAGCUAAUAAAUUAAGACAUGAAUGCAUUGCCUUUUGAGGCAGUGGAGUUUAGAUAUCAAUGUUUCAAGUUACAAUGUUUUGCUUUGUCAUGAUUAAAUGUCUAGUUCAAUGAAGGAGGAGAUCGAUCAAAGAAGUCAAAUAGAUCAGCUGUGAUAUCAUCAAAGCAAUCAUCUGGGGUUGCAUAGGAAUUGUUUGUUUCCAAAGUCUCACCUGGCUCAAACACGUCUUGCACAUUGCAUGGAAUGUGGUUUGGUACCAGUUCGUGGCAGUCAGGAAACAUUCCGAUCUCUUGCGAGGAUUGAGCGAAUUGGGAGAUGCAGCAAUGAGAAAAAGGGUCAAAGGGUGCUACCAUGUGUAUGGUUGAAGUCCCAAAUAUUUCAUUUUCAUUUUCCAUAGUUGAUGAUCGUUCAUCCGGCUGAGACGAGCUGGAGCUAGGAACCUGCAAAUACAUCAGCCAUACUACCAAAAAAUCACCUAAAACGAUAAUCCAAUCUUCACGGACGAAGGUUGGACAUCUACAAGAAGUUUUUGUGCAGUUUUUCUUAAAGCAAAUUCCCAGAUUCGAAUAUCUCCAUUCUCCACUAUAUGGAACGUUUUGGCCUUGAUUCAAAGGAUCGGCUUCGAGCUUCCGCCUUGCUGCUUAUAUUGCUUUUUCAGGUGACUGAACGUGUAGCUGGAGCGUCGAGCUUGUACCCUUUGGUCGUAAGCACAUGGCCCUUUUUGGAGGCUGUUGAAAGGGCAUGGAGUGCGGCUAAUAAUGGGUAUUCAGCAGUUGAUUCUGUUGUAGAAGGAUGUUCUGCCUGUGAAGAACUGAGAUGUGAUGGUACAGUUGGUCCAGGUGGGAGCCCGGAUGAAAAUGGAGAAACAACAAUUGAUGCCAUGGUUAUGGAUGGGGUGACGAUGGAAGUUGGAGCUGUAGCUGCCAUGAGGUAUAUUAAGGAUGGUAUAAAAGCUGCAAGGUUAGUGAUGAGACAUACUGGACACACUUUACUCGUUGGAGAGAAGGCCUCUGCUUUCUCCAUUUCAAUGGGUCUACCUGGACCCACAGAUCUUAGCUCGCCGGAGUCGAUAGAAAAGUGGAAUAAAUGGAAAGAAAACAAUUGCCAACCUAAUUUUUGGAAAAAUGUGGUGCCUGCCAAUAGCUGUGGCCCUUACCACUCUAAUGGCCUUCUGCUAGCUGCUGAAACAACAUGUCUGGGAGAUGGUCCAAGGAGAGCCGUUGAAUUAAGGUCAAAUCAUUUUGGUCUUCACAGUCACGAUACCAUUUCGAUGGCAGUAAUUGAUAAGUUUGGGCACAUUGCUGUUGGAACAUCCACCAAUGGGGCCACCUUCAAGAUCCCAGGCAGGGUGGGUGAUGGUCCUAUAGCAGGAUCUUCAGCAUAUGUGGAUAGUGAUAUCGGUGCGUGUGGAGCAACUGGGGAUGGCGACAUCAUGAUGCGUUUCCUGCCAUGCUACCAAGUUGUCGAGAGUAUGCGAUUGGGGAUGAUGCCGAAGGAUGCUGCUAAAGAUGCCAUAUCAAGGAUUGCAAGGAAAUUCCCUGACUUUGUUGGAGCUAUAUUUGCUGUUAACAAAAAUGGUACUCAUGCCGGUGCUUGCCAUGGAUGGACAUUCCAAUACUCAGUUCGAAGCCCAGAAAUGCAUAGCGCCAAGUAUAUAUGCUUCGUAGUCGGCCAACAAAUCGACAAUAUUACAAAUCUUAUGAAAAGCUUACACAACUCCCUAAAGAAAGGCGAAUAGAAAAAAGAGCAGUGUUGAUAGCAUGACAUCUACUAUAGAAGACCGAGUAUGUGCAAUAAGUAAUAAAGAGGGUAAAGGUAAAGAAA